AUGAUUGAAAUCAUUUGCAACGAUCGACUUGGCAAGAAAGUACGAGUAAAGUGCAAUGAAAAUGAUACAAUUGGUGACUUGAAAAAGCUAAUAGCGGCGCAAACUGGUACAAAAUGGGACAAAAUUAUGCUUAAGAAAUGGUAUACAAUCUAUAAGGACCAUAUCACUGUAGGUGAUUAUGAAAUACGCGAUGGUAUGAAUUUGGAACUUUACUAUCAGUAG